CAAAUCGUCCUGGCGAUCGCGGUUGCUUUCGGUGGGGUUUUGUUGGGGGGUGAAAUGGAGUUGGGGUUUUUUUUUGAGGUGCUUUGAAUUUCUGCGCACCGUGCGGGUUUUGUGUUGCUCGCUUGCUCGUGCUGCCUCUGUAUCAUGAGGAAAAUGAAGAAAUCUUUUAAUAUCUUUUAGGAGGGCGUCCCGUUUGAUGCGUGUACGCUUAUCUUGCUUUUCGCCAUGACCCCGCCUAUACUUUGCACAGCAUCGCCUGGAUUCGAAAUGCGGUCAUGUCCAGUGUACUAAAGAUACCAAGUGUGUUUUGCUGCGAGUGGUUCACCCAAAUCUGUGCUGGAGUUUGAUCUUUCGAUUUGUAAUUUCCGUGGAUUAUUUCGCUGCCAUGGAAUUUGCUGGUGCAGUAUCGUUUGUCCUACUAGGUACUUUUCACCUCGUCAAAAUUAGAUUUGAUCCUAGUACACAAAUAUUUCCUCUGAAUAUGUAUGUUAUCUUUAAUCUUCCAUUAUGCUUCGGAACACAUACACUCUAUCCUGUACUUGAAACAGCUUUCCAUUUGAUUUGCUCUACUUCUCAGGACACACCUUGGGCAACAUGUGUUGAUGGUUCAAGAAACAGUGCCCCCUCUCAGUACAAACAAGAUCCAAGACUUAAUCAAAUUCGUCAUGCUAAUGAGGCAACGUCCAGAACCAAGGGAAUUGUAGAACCAGACUAUUCAGAUAAGCUCAAGGUGCCUAGAUUUUCUGGUGGUACAUAUUCAAAGCCUGAGGCAAGAGUGAAGUUGAUUCCCGUGGAAGAUAUUACCUACGCAAAACAUAAGAAGCCAUACGGUAGAACUGUUGGCUCAGCUGCGUUACAGAAAAGACAUUGCAGACGAAGUGUUACACCACCACCAAAUUCACGUAAAGUAUCUCUUGUGGGAUCCAAAUCACUCACUCAAAGUCCUAAGACAUCAGCAUCAUCCUAUGACUCGUGUUUACCCCGUAAAAGACCUGAGACAGCUGAAACUAGGCACCCAUUUGCUAGGGGGCACAUAAGUAGCUCUGUCACCCCCCAAAUUACUUCUCUGAAGGACCCUGCAUCGCCCAGUUGCAAAUCUUCACAACCUUUGAGUACUAAUUGGAAUACUGAUGCUACUCCUAGAAAUCUAGACAGAAUGGACGGUACAAAAGCACUUGCCAGGAGCUCCAGUUCGAGUAUUUUGCAUUCUCAAGGCCAGAGCAGCCAAAAACUAUCAGCAAUGGUAAAUCCUGUGUCUCCUAGUCCCAAGCAAAUGCGUGCUCCGCAUCCAAGUGGGGAUCCUGUGUGUACGAAGGCAGGACCUUCUUCUAAGAGUUUGUGCACACCAGAGAGUGGAAAGUUGUGUAGUAGAAACAUUAAUUUGACCCCAAGAAGUGCUGGAGCUCCUGGAUUGCAAGCUCCUAUUGUGGAGCCUGCAUUGCUAAGCCCAACAUCUGUGCUUAGUGAAAGGCCCAUUGAAGUUUAUCCUGAUACAAGAACUGCUGCUCCUGUUGUGCAAGAACCAAGUGUAAAGCCUGUAUUGCCGAGCACAAUACCUGUGCACAAUGAAUCUUCCACGGAGUGCGACAAUAUUCCUCCAAUACACAGCCCUCAAUACAUAGCUCCUGCGCAACACGGUGCAUUGUUGCAAGAAAGAAACUCAGGGGCAUCAAUUAACUGUAGCAGAUCUUCAGCAUUUUGUCAUAACAUUGGUACUCCGGAAACAGGUACACCAGUAAUUUUACAUACGAAGCUGCACAAGAAGCAUGAUCAACCAGAAGCCCUCUGGAAGGGUAACUUUCAUGUUACUGGAGAACUGAUACAUACUUGUGAUGGACUUGAAGCCCAUUUCCCUUUGGAAGUCUGUGUCAGAGUUUAUGAAGCUUCAAAGAACAUGCCUGAAAUUUUAAACCUGGAGGCUAUACCUCUUUCCCAGCUGUGGCCAAAACAAUUCAAGAUGGAACCCCCGGACGGGGGGGAUAUUGGACUAUGGUUUGUGAGCAGUCAUGAAAGAUUUAUUUAUUACAGGCCUCACAGGAGUUUCGAUCAUCUUCUUGAAAAAGUUGCUUCACAUACUGGUCUCUUGACCAAAGUUGGUGAUACUGAAUUGGCAAUAUUUUCAUCGUUGUUGCUGUCACCAAACUAUCAGAGAAAAAAUGGUGAAUUAUAUUUUUGGGGUGUUUUUGGGAAGCGUAUCAGGAAGAAGCGGUGCCAACCCAGCAAUCAUAUAAAAAAUGUGAAGAUCAGCAAUCCCAGUCAGUCAAAUGAAGACUCUUGUAACAAAUAUGAGGAGGUAGGCGCAAGAUUGAAUGUCACAAAAGGCAAAGGGACAGAGAAUAAUGAAUCUGAUAUUGGCAUAACAUUGGGUGCAAGAGGCAAUCCAACAGAUGUCACAGAAAACAAAGAGAGAGGGAGGGACAAUUAUGAGGGUAUUGCCAAGUUAUUGGAUUUGACAGGGGGCAAGGAGACUGAUAGAGUCAAUGACUGCAUGGCAGUGGUCGGAACUCCUGAUUCAAACCCUGCAUCCAGUUGUUCAGCUCCUGCUGCUUCUCUUCUUAACGGAUGUUGCAGUCAUGACUCUGCAAACAAGAGCAUUUUUAGCUUAGAAGAUUCCGCAUGCCAGCCUGCUUACAGAUCUUCAGCUAGCUCAGACUUGAUGCUGGACAUACCCCCUGGAUUUUCUCUUGAUGUACCUCCUGGCGUCACGAAAGCUCACUGUCGGCUUCCGAUCGAAGCUGCUGCUGUGUCUGGUGCCAAUGCACCUCCCAGUCUGAUAUUGGACACUCCUCCAGGAUUUCCUACAGAUAUUCCUCCUGGCUUUACUGAAGCUCAUCGCCGACUACCUGCUGGACCAGCAACUCGUGCUUGUACCCCUGGCACUGAAAAGAAGCCCCUCAUUAGGUUCUCUCUAAAUGUUACAAGGCCUGUUAAAAUGGAAGUUCCACCUGGAUUUACUGCACUUCAUGAAGUGAAAAAAGAGCCUGUGUUGCCUGCUGCUGAUAAGGCCACAGAGAAACAAACACUAUAUUCUUUUGCAUCUGCUGCAUGUUCAAUGGAAAAAGCUGGGAAAGAAGAUGAAAUGGAAAUCAUGGACAAUGAGGUAAAAGUUGAACACGAUGAUAACUCAGAGGAGCGAGAGGUUCCAAAGAUUAGGCGGCUUUCAGAUCUGUACCGUGGGCCUUCGGACAUAACUGAAUUCCCCGAGCAUGCAUUCUUGCCCGACAAGUUUCAGGAGCAGGCCCCUAAUAAACAGAUGCAUCAGAGAAAGAGAGGCAGGCGAGCAUCACCAGAGCCUUCUCCAGCAGAUAUCACCACUGGAAGGCCGAAUGUGAAUGGUCGAAUUGCCUUGAAUGACAGCGCAGGUCAAGGGAAUGGUAAGGUGAGAUGCGUCUGCGCAUCCUCUGAAGGUCGCGCGGCUCUGCCUACCAGAGCGUCAGGUGAUCAUCCGGAUAGCAAGAGCAUUUCCUGUAGGUGCGUUGUAUGCAGCGAAGAGUUCCCAUCACAGUGAUUUGUAGGACUGCAUCAAUAAAUGAUGCUAGACUGAGUGACCCGGUACUAAGCAAAUACACUCUUUGGAUAUUUCCU